GUGUUUUGUCUUGAAUGGAUUCAACUCAUUCAUCCUUUUUAACGGAGCGUUGAAUGCUCCUCUUCCUCAUCAAGACCCAGAUUUUACUGAGAGAGAUUUUUGAUCAACUAUACGACUUUCAAAGUAAAACAAAUGUAGGAGUACAAAAAAGCAGCAGCUGCAAAAACCCCUCUUUUCUUUCAUAUUCUUCUUAAUUCUCCCUUUCCAGUUGUCUGCGCUUCCCCUAAAUCAGCUCCAAUUCAUUUGUUUCUUCUGCCGCUUUAAUUUCUGUGUUAUUGUUUUCUGACCUAAUUUCUGCUCCUGAUUUCAAUUCUGGGUUCUUCACUUCCGCUGGAUUGCCUCCCCCCACCCCACCCCUCCUUCCCUGGGGUUUCCUGAUUACCGAGUUACAUUUUUUUUUGUUUUUCUAAAAAAGUUACAAUUCUAUUUUAAUUUGCCCUUUCUGUGUUGACUAAUUCGUUGGGUGGAUAGCUACUUUGUUUCAAUAACCGAGUUGGAAUCGGGCAGAUGAAUAAUCUGUGGUUGUUCUAGUUGGAGAAUUUGGGAGGGGGCGGGGUGGGGUGGGGCUCGAAAUUUCUCAUGGAUCGGUGGUCAAUGGCCACGAUUUUGUACUGUUUAAUUCUCCUGUUUGGCAGAUUUCUGCGGGUUUCUGCUAACGCCGAAGGCGAUGCUUUGAAUGCUCUGAAGAGCAAUUUGGCCGAUCCCAACAAUGUUCUGCAGAGUUGGGAUCCGACCCUCGUCAAUCCCUGCACCUGGUUUCAUGUGACUUGCAAUAGUGACAAUAGCGUUACUCGAGUUGAUCUUGGGAAUGCAAAUUUGACUGGUCAGUUAGUUCCGCAGCUCGGUCAGCUUCAGUAUUUACAGUACUUGGAACUUUACAGUAAUAACAUUUCUGGAAGAAUUCCAAGUGAGCUCGGAAAUUUGACAAACUUGGUGAGCUUGGAUCUUUAUUUGAACAACCUAAGUGGUCCGAUCCCCGACACCUUGGGCAAGCUUCAGAAGCUACGAUUCUUGAGGCUCAACAAUAAUACCUUGGAUGGAGAAAUUCCCAGGAAUCUGACUACCAUCUCUACACUUCAAGUUCUUGAUCUUUCAAAUAAUCGGCUGCGAGGGCAGAUUCCUGUUAAUGGAUCCUUUCAGCUUUUUACUCCUAUCAGUUUUCAAAAUAAUCAGUUGGAACCUCUUCCUGCUUCUCCGCCCCCUCCAGUUUCACCUACUACACCGUCUAAUUCUGGAGUUGGCAAUAGCGCUACAGGAGCUAUUGCAGGAGGUGUUGCAGCCGGGGCUGCCCUUCUAUUUGCUGCGCCUGCAAUCGCUCUUGCCUGGUACCGUAGGAGAAAACCACAAGACCAUUUCUUUGACGUUCCUGCUGAGGAGGAUCCGGAAGUUCAUCUGGGGCAGCUCAAAAGGUUCUCUCUACGUGAACUCCAAGUCGCGACAGAUAACUUCAGCAACAGAAACAUUCUCGGCAGGGGUGGGUUUGGUAAAGUGUACAAAGGCCGAUUAGCCGAUGGUUCUCUAGUCGCAGUUAAAAGACUGAAAGAAGAGCGCACUCAAGGCGGGGAGCUGCAGUUUCAAACGGAAGUGGAAAUGAUCAGCAUGGCCGUUCAUCGCAAUCUACUCCGCCUGCGCGGGUUCUGCAUGACGCCCACAGAAAGAUUGCUCGUCUAUCCUUUCAUGGUCAAUGGAAGCGUUGCUUCAUGCUUAAGAGAGCGACCGGAAUCGCAACCGCCGCUUGAUUGGCUGAUAAGGAAGCGGAUAGCGCUGGGGUCCGCAAGGGGGCUCGCGUACCUGCAUGAUCACUGCGAUCCCAAGAUCAUACACCGCGACGUUAAAGCUGCCAACAUCUUGUUGGAUGAGGACUUUGAAGCAGUCGUCGGCGACUUCGGGCUCGCAAAACUCAUGGACUACAAAGACACGCAUGUUACAACAGCUGUACGUGGAACGAUCGGCCAUAUCGCCCCCGAGUAUCUGUCGACGGGAAAAUCCUCCGAGAAAACCGAUGUCUUUGGCUACGGUGUCAUGCUUCUCGAGCUCAUCACCGGGCAACGAGCCUUCGAUCUUGCCCGUCUCGCCAAUGACGACGACGUCAUGUUAUUAGAUUGGGUUAAGGGACUGCUGAAGGAGAAAAAGCUAGAGACGCUAGUGGACGGAGAUCUUCAGGGGAAUUACAUCGACGAGGAGGUGGAGCAGCUGAUCCAAGUGGCGCUGCUGUGCACGCAGAGCUCUCCGAUGGAGCGGCCGAAGAUGUCGGAGGUGGUGAGGAUGCUGGAAGGGGAUGGGCUGGCGGAGAGGUGGGAGGAGUGGCAGAAGGACGAGAUGUUCAGGCAGGAGUUCAACAACGUGCGCCACCCGACCACGGACUGGAUAAUCGCGGACUCCACUUCUAACAUCCGACCUGAUGAACUGUCGGGGCCGAGAUAAGCUGGCUGUUAUUCCCUAUCCUAUCUUAUCCUAUCCUUGUCUGUCUGUAUUCUUGCAUCUGUUUCUCGAUCGUCCUUGUAUAUGGUUAUGGUUUUGGUUGGGAGAGAAUUUUGGCGAUGCGAUGGAAGCAGGAAUGUUUGUUGUUGUAUACUGUUUGAAUAGGAUUUGUUUUCAGGUGUGGUGGUGGAAGUACACUGCAGGAAUUGUGGUGAAAUUGGGCAGUUGGUAUUUCUUCUUCAUCUUCAUCUUCAUCUUCAUCUUCUUCUUCUUGUUUAAUUGGGUAUUGUUCUGGGAGAGACAGAUAAAUGCAGUAGUGAGUCAGUUGAUGUAUGUAAUGUAAGAUACUUGGGGUAGGGGGUUAAUGUAAUAAUCUGCCCCUGCCUGUUGCAAUGUACUCUACUGUAAGAAUUCAUCUUGGAAAUUCUCUGCCUGCCUGCAAUUGAUUAAUUUGUUGCAGAUGAGAUGAGAUUCA